UUCAAAAGAAACGUGGCACGUGCUGAAACGCCGACUUCAGCAACUUGGGAAAAGGCGGCUUCUACACUCGUCUUACGAACAACCGCCACGGCUGAGAAGGAAAAGCCAUGAGCUUGGUUCUGGAACCUCCACGUCCGCCCCAACCCAAAUCCGCAGCCCCGCUCAAACGCCGGUUCGCCUCCAUUCGAACCGCUUUAGCCCCAACAAACCACCAACUAAGACCCUCUCGUUUUCGAUUUUAUCCCACUUUCAGCUCUAGGCCUACUGUCACUGCGGUUUUGAAGUCGGAGAAGGAAAAAACUGUGGUGACACAGAAAAAGGACCCCCCGGUGAGGAUAGUGGCAGUGGUUGGAGAUGAAAGCGUCAGCCCACUCAAAUGCGCCACCUGGGAGGAGGUUAUGCUGCACACUGCAAAAAGAAUGAAAUGGGUGGAUGAAGGAUAUGAAAUGGUUGUUUUCACUGACAAUUUCCAUCAAUCUAAUGAUGGUCAAACAGCGAUGGAUCUGCAAAAGGAAUUGGCUUGUGCUGAUAUUUUGUUGGUUGUAGCUGUUACGAAUCAAGACUCGGUUAACUGGAUACGGUCAUAUAGCGAAAGCAUCCCUAACAUAAUCUGCUUUGAAUCCGAUCCGGGUUUGGUUAACAAAUUAGGAGGCUCCUAUGUCCACAGUGAAACGAAAAGUAGUGUAUUCGACAAAACAGUGGGAAUUUCUCAGCUCAAGAAAACAAAGGAAGUCGUGCAAACUGUAUCGGAGGCAUGGGACCGGCAUAAUUCUGAUGAUAUAAGGUUCUGUUUGUUGGUUAUCAUCAAUGCUUAUAUUCGACCAGUCCCUGUCUUGAAAAACUUGAGAUCAAAGGGCUUCUCUACCCUAAAUUGCAUGGUGAAGAACUGUGGACCUCAAAUAUUGGAUUGCCUUAUGGAUCCUAAUUGCAGGAAAGCUCUUCAAUGCUUGAACAAGUGCAGCCCUGUUGAUCAAGUGUGCAAUUAUCGGUGUAUUGCUUCAUAUGAAAGUCCAAAACUAGAAGCAUUUUCUCUAUGUGUUCUUCAGAAAAACAAUUGUCUUGAUUUAGAUUCAAAGAUCCCCGAAAAGCCGUAUGUGCAGCCUAUGCUUAAGUUCCGAGGGAAAGACUUGUGCCAUGAAACUGCUGAAGAUAUGUUUGUUGGUUGGUUGGGGAGUUUAGAUUGGAGUUGGCGAGUUGUAGCAGGGCAGAACCCAGCUUACGAUCAAUUUCCAUGUCAGUACCAGUUAUUUUACAGGGGAAAGGCAAAGGGAUCAUUUUGGUAUGAGCCAGUUUUCCAGGUUAAAACUUUAGAAGGAGAAAUGAUCUGGAGGCGGCGUAAAUAUCGAGUGAAGAGAGCAAACGUUCCUGGGACGUUUUACUUCAGCGUCCUGGAUAAUGGGGUUGUUUCAAAUGAGUUUUGGACAAUCGUUGACGUAUGUGAAGAUUUCAGUUGGGGUUUGUUCCAUUACCAUGGGGCAGCACGAGUGGCUGGACAGUCGUAUACUGGUGCAGUGCUGGUUAGUCCGGAUGGGGCAUACCCUAAACAGACACAGGCCAGCAGAUUAUCAACAGCUUUGGGUAAAUGUGGAAUCAAGGAAUGGGAAUUAUAUACAGUUGAUAACUGUUCAUGCCAAGAUCCACCAUUAGGAAUUCCACAAGGUUCGAGUUUACAUUCUGUGGUUGAUGUAAAAGACCAGAGCUGGGCUUUGGUUUAGGAUAAACUAAUGUUAGAACAUUGGUGCUCAAUUCUUAUGGCAAUGAGAAUGUGAUAC